AUCGUGACAAGUUUCGAAAUUAUAAGAGUGGUAAUGAAAAAAUAAAUAAAUAAAACAAAAUAAAGAAAAAAUAUAGAUAACAAGACAUAGAUUGAAAAUGUUGUCACUAUAUCUAGUACAUCGGAUAUUAAUUUACCAGAAAUUGUUGAGUCUGAGAUUGAAAUGGUUGAUGCUAAUGCUAAUGCUAUCUAAUGUUAAUUUACCAGAAAUUGUUGAACAGGAUAUUGUUGAGUCUGAGAUUCAAUUGGUCGAUGUUGAUGUCAAUUUGGUGAAGAAUAUUAACAAAAAACUGGAGAGUUUUGUUCAAACAAAUGAAAAUGGUCCCAUUUGUGAUGUGAAUACAACAUCUUAUGAUUGGAGUGAUCCUGCUAAUUGGCCUCAGCUGUUAACUAAUACAGGUACACUGACACAGUGCAUACUGACAACUGACAAGACAUGACAAUCACGGACUAAGAUAUUGAUAUUAUUGUCGACCGAUAAUUUCCCCACUUGAGAUUAUAAAUGUACCAUGUGUGUGUGAGUACCAUGCGGUCGAUUGUUAUUAUUAUUAUUUGAUUACAAUUUAAUUAUUAGCCAUAUUUAUAUAUUUUUUUUCAUUAUACUUUAAUACUUUAAAGUACCCCCCUCCCUCACAAAUAUGCCACUAAUCUUAAAGAAAGGUUUUUAGAACUUUACAUUUACGCUACUUAAGACCAUGAUACAAAUAUAUCAUAAAAAAAAAUUAUUUUUGUAUUA